UAUCUUGCACAUUGACGGAUAUAUAAAAUUAACCGGCAGUUCAAUAAUCUUUAUAUUAGGUAUAUGGGGGUUAAGAAAAGUGUUGACCCGAUUCAACCUAUUUUUGACACACAUAUUUACUAUUAUCAGAAAAGGCUUCCCUCCGAAUUUUAGUUAUAUAUCUCACAGAUUGUUUGAUAUUUUCGGUAAAAAUCCAGCCAUAGGUACUGGAGUUCACAUAAUCGGUAACUGCGGGCUUCAUUUGUGUACUGAAAAGGAAAAGAAUCAGAUGGAAUUUAUAACUGUGUUAUAUGGAAAGAAGGCGUAGUAUUUGUCCGGUUUCGUUCAUUUUCACACCAUAAUAUAAGAAUAUUAGGAGAAUUUAUAAUUUUACACCUUAUUUGGAGCUUAGUUAUUGCACUUUAUAGGUUUACGCUUAAUAUCAUUUUGUGCGCGUGGCAAUAGUUCUAUCACGUCCAUAUAUAAAACCGUAGUCGUGUAAGGAACACGUCUACAAAGUUUCAUGACGAUAUCUCAUUUCUAUAAUUCAUUUAUUACUUUCAUAUCUACCUCGAUUAGUUUUAGGUGAUACGUAUACAAACCAGCGUUAAGUGUACAAAACUAUUAUACACUGUAGCGAGAGUAUAAAAACGAUAACUUAAAUCUGAAUUUAAUGACCUAAAGAUAUUUAAUUAUUGAUAGUAAAAAACUCUAAAUAAUAAUUAACCAGAAACAUUCUUAACUUUCAAAUAAAAAACCGCGCGCCAUUUCAAUAUUAAUUUCUUUGUUCAUUUUUUUAUAUAUAGUUUACAACUCAAAUGGAGAUUUAUGUUUUACUGUUACUAACCAAUAUUGCAAUAUUACCUCUAAUCAGGUUCAUUAUAUGGGGAUAUAUACUUGUAGGUUUUUGUAACUGAUACUGCAAACGCAUUUGUCAAUUUUCUCCUAAUAACUUAGCUUUACAUAAAAUGUUAUUUUAUAUAUUCUAUUCUAAGGCAUAUAUAUAUAUAUAUACAGAAUAUGUAUCAUGUAUCAAUAUCAAUGUGCUAACCACUAAACCGAUGUAAACGCGGCGUUCAUGCGAUUUGGAUUCAUGCGGUAUAUAAAUGCUCAGAACGAUAUCGAGGGCUUUAGUAUAAGCAUUGACCGGCUGCUAAGUUCUAACGAAUAAAUUCUCAAAGUGGAUAUUUUAAAUACGCUGUGUAAACUCUUAACUGAUCUAACGCCUGCUUCAACUAACAACAGCAAUAGAGUUGAGUUUCAUUCGCUUGAGGACCUAAACCACAAAAUGGCUUUCCGCGACAAAAACGCUGUAAUUACAGGUGGCGCCAGUGGUAUUGGUUUGCAGGUUUGCAAGCAGCUACUGGCCAAUGAGGCUUCGAAAGUCGCUAUUAUUGAUAUUCAAGAAAACACAGAAGAUAUUUCCAAGUUGCGCCAAGCACAUCCAGCUCAAACCAUUUUGCUGAUCAAAAUGGACGUGGCGAAUAGACAAGGAAUUGAGAAGACUUACGAUGAGCUUAAAAAAGCUUUUGGAUCUAUUGAUAUUGUUGUAAACGUAGCUGGAGUAUUUAAUGACCAGGAUGUGCAACGCACCAUUCUAGUCAAUUUGGGUGGUAUCAUCAAUUCUUCACUCGCUGCGCUUAAUGUGAUGAGCAAGGAACACGGAGGCAAUGGUGGCAUUGUGGCUAAUAUGUCGUCUGUAGUCGGCUUGGAUCCGAUGUUUUUGCUGCCUGUUUAUGCUGCCACCAAGGCGGGAAUUAUUAAUUUCACACGCUGUUUGGGAACCGACAUUUACUUGAAUCGUACUGGCAUCAAGUUCAUCACAAUAUGUCCGGGUGCCACCAUUACCGACAUGUUCACCAAUUUCACGGAGAAGAUCCUAUUCGCCGAUAUGGGGGAUGAGUCAUACAGAGUGCUGGACCGUCUCAAUAAGCAAAGUGCCACUGAUGUAUCACGUUGCAUACUCAGCGCCUUAGAAAAGGAGAAAAAUGGCGAGGUGUACAUAAUCGAAGGGAAGCGACUGUUCCCAAUGGAAAUGAAGAGUUAUUGGCGUGGCAUCGAAAGAGAGUUGAAUGAAUAAAAUAAACCUUUAUAAUAUAUUACAAUUCUUCAAUUUAACAAUGUUAUAGUUAUCAAAAGUAGUACUAUAAUAAAUUGUAACAGAAAUAUUUAUUUUUCGGGAAAAUUUAA